AUGGCGAGCGACGGCCGUGGGGCGGCGAUCACGCAAGCGAAACUGGUGCUCCUGGGGGACAUGGGGGCUGGGAAGUCAUCGCUAGUGCUGAGAUUCGUCAAAGGUCAGUUUCACGAGUACCAAGAGAGCACGAUCGGGGCGGCGUUCUUGACUCAGACGGUGUGCGCGGACGAUCGAACGAUCAAGUUUGAAAUCUGGGAUACCGCCGGACAAGAGCGAUAUCACUCGCUCGCGCCGAUGUAUUACCGCGGUGCGGCGGCGGCGAUCAUCGUGUACGACAUUCAAAGCCAGUCGAGCUUCGCGCGAGCGAAGAGUUGGGUGCGGGAAUUGCAAAAGCAAGGAAACGCCGCGCUCGUCAUGGCGCUGGCGGGGAAUAAGUGUGACAUGGAGGAGAAACGAGAGGUCGAGCGAGAGGAAGCGGAGGCGUACGCGUCGGAGAAUGGGUUAUUCUUCAUGGAAACGUCCGCGAAGGAGGCGUUGAACGUCACUGAAUUGUUCCAUGAAAUCGCGGUGAAGUUGCCAAAGGCGCCCACGCCGACGAAUGGGCCGGGGGUGGUGUUGACGAAUCAGAAUCGUACGCCGCAGAAGAGCCAGUGCUGUUGA